ACUUGGCAACAUUGUUCUGUGCGAAAAUGCAUUCUAUUCCACUUUUUGUUGGUGUCGUUUUGGUCGUUGUAAUGUGCGACUUUACAGGCGUAAAAGGUUCAGAAAGGAGCUUAUCACUUAACGAUCUAAUGCACGAACAACCUCUACUUGUAAAACAUCGAAAUGUGUUAGUGAAAAGGUCUGUUUUCCCAAGUCAACAACAGAAUAUGGAAUCGGAAGAAGAUGGACCCAUUAAAGGAUUCUUCAAUCUGUUCCAUCGGAUCAGGCAUGGAAGAAGAUACACACGAUACCGCUCUAUUGGUAACAAAUGCCCAGAAGGACAGAAAAUGGACAGAAAUGGCAACUGCAAGAAAUUAUGGCAAUGAAAUGUAAAUAAAUAAUUUUAAUUUUUUUUUUCUUGGAGACUGAUUAUUGUACUAAUUUGUAAAUUUUUGUAAAUAUUACCUUACGUACCAAAUUGCAUUCUAGUCAUUCUUUUUAAGAAUUUUUUUAUUAAUAUUAAAGAAAAAAAAUCUAUACAAGUUGUGAAUUUAUAAUAAAGGAUUGUAUAUAUAUGAUUGAUGGAUAGAAAUAAACAUACUUC